AUGAAGAAUAGUUCAGAGAUUUGUAAUUAAAUGACUGCAUACUAAAGCAAUACUGAAUUUCAAAAAUCUACCUAUGGGAAUUUAGCUCAAAGUGCUUUAAUGAGUUCACCUUUGUAAGCAAAUAUUCUCUCUCGAUCUCUACCUAUUACUCCAAAUAAUGGAGAUCAGGCUGAUUAAAUUUUAGAAAUAGAUUUACCCAAAGUUUUAACAAGAAGAAUGACCAAGUAUUGAAUUGCUUAAAAUAUAGAAAUGAUUACUUGACAACAGCCAAUGGUCAUAAAAUAAAGUAAGAAAUCUUUUGCAAUAACUGUUAAAGAAUUAAUAUGACUAGACUUGAAACAGAAUAUGGAAUAGGGGCUAUUCAAGUUACCUGCUUACUAAUUUUCCUGUUUUGGCCACUUUGCUGGUUACCUUGCGUUCUAAAAUCGUGUAAAGACAUCAUUCACUACUGUCCAUUUUGUAAUCAAAUUGUUGGAAGAACUCCGUAUACAUUCUGUUGA